AUGGGUUUUUCAACGGUAUCUACCAUUAUCUUUGAAACAUGUACAGCAUUAUGGUUAAAAUUGCAGCCAAUCGUUCUUCCAACACCAACAAUAAAUGAUUGGUUGAGAAUUGCCAAAGGUUUCGAGGAUAGAUGGAAUUUUCAUCACUGCAUUGGUGCGAUAGAUGGAAAACAUGUUCAAAUACAGGCUCCUCCAAAUGCUGGGUCUAGGUAUUUCAAUUACAAAGGCUUUCACAGUCUCGUGUUACUAGGCGUCUGUGAUCAUCGAUAUUGUUUCACACUUGUAGAUAUUGGAGCUAAUGGGCGGCAAAGUGAUGGUGGUGUUUUUUUUCGGUCGAAAAUUGGACGUUAUUUCGAAGAAGAAAGUUUAAAAGUUCCACCUCCUUCGAAAAUAGAAAAAACUGAAACAAUACUGCCAUACAUCUUAGUAGGUGAUAAAGCCUUUCCAUUAUCUGACUAUUUACUACGACCUUACACACAACAAAGCAACAUGGAGGAGAAACAGCUCAUAUUUAAUUAUCGUUUGGGUCGUGCACGAAGAGUAAUCGAAAAUACUUUUGGUAUUUUAUGUUCUCGAUGGAGGAUUUUACGUCGCCCUAUCCUCGGCAAAAGAGCAACAAUAAAGGCGAUAAUAAAAGCAACAGUUUGUCUCCAUAAUUUUUUGAUGAUCAACAAAGACAAUAACUCAAACUGUGAUUCAACAAUCAAUCAAGUUUCAACAAAUGAAGGAGCUAUCCAACAUUAUGUUGGUAGUGAAGAUUCAUCGUUAAAUAUGAACCCACUUAGUGAGAUACCUCUUUGUUCUAGCGCAGAGCGACUACGAGAUCAAUUUGCAGAGUUUUUUCAAGAAGAAGGUGCUGUCCAGUGGCAAUUCCGUCAUAUAUAUUUGUAA